ACCCUAACGGUCGCUCGCUCAGUGGGAGGUCUUAUCAUCUGGGAAGGCUCCAGGGUUGAAAGUGAUCCAGCGACCUUAUAGCUGUGAUGUAUGUGAGAAAAGUUUCACCACGUUUAGGAGACCUAAAGAGACACCAGAGAAUACACACAGGAGAGAAACCAUAUGGCUGUGAUCAAUGUGKGAAGAGUUUCUGUACAUCAGGACAACGGAAUAUACACAAGCGAACACACACAGGAGAGAAACCUUAUCGCUGUGAUCAAUGUGGGAAGAGUUUUGCUCGAACUGAUUACCUGACCGAACACAAGCUAACACACACUGGAGAGAAGCCUCAUAGCUGUGAUAAAUGUGGAAAGGGCUUCACUCGGCCUAACUGCUUGGCUGCACACAAGCUAACACACACAGGAGAGAAGCCCUMCCUCUGCUCAGACUGUGGGAAGAGCUUCUAUACACCAGCAAAGUUGAAAGAGCACRAGCGAUCACACACAGAAGAGAACCCUUACGGGUGUGGUCUGUGUGGKAAGAUCUUUUCUUGUUCGGAUUCCCUGACUAAACACAAGCGUCAACACACUGGAGAGAAACCUUACAGCUGUKCUCAAUGUGGGAAGAGCUGCAAAGAUGCCACGGCCCUGAAUGAACACAUGCGUACGCACACAGGAGAGAAACCUUUCCCCUGCUAUGUCUGUGGAAUGAGUUUUUCUCGACGAAGCACCCUGAAAGUACACAUGCGCAGACACACAGGUGAGAAGCCUUACAGCUGUGAUCAAUGUGGGAAGAGAUACGCUCAUCCAGGUGAUUUGAAAAUACACAUUCGAGUACACACCGGAGAGAAACCAUACAGCUGUGAUCAGUGUGGGAAGAGCUUCACUCAGUCAACAAACCUGACUAAGCACAGACGCGUUCACUCUGUAGAGAAGCCCUAAAGCUGUGAUCUAUGUUGUAUGAACUUCACUCAGUCAACAAACCUGACUAAGCACAGACGCGUUCACACUGGAGAGAAACCAUACAGCUGUGAUCUAUGUUGUAUGAACUUCACUCAGUCAACAAACCUGACUAAGCACAGAUGCGUUCCCACUGGAGAGAAGCAGUACAGCUGUGAUCUAUGUUGUAUGAACUUAGUUGUAUCUUAUUUCAUGGGCUCAUUGUCAAUUAAAUCAUGUAGAAUAUUUUUAUCAUUGUUAUAGUAAGAGUUAAUGUUUUUAAUUCUAUUUUAAUUCAAAUUGAAUCCCUAUGUGAAUACA